AUGAACGAUGAGUGGAAGAAAAUCUUAAGAUUCUUAACUCUGGUACCGCCAAUGAUAUUCCAUAUUGUAACAAUGUCAUUAUACGCGAGUAAGAUAUUCAAGAAUGAACUGAAUAUAUCAGAACUGGCGAAUAUUGUGCCUGUAUAUUUAAUUUGUAUACAGUCUCUUCUGCGUGUAGCAAUCAUGAUUUAUAAGAAGAAAGAAAUUGAAAGUUUCAUUGACGAUUUGGGUGUGAUUUGGAGGACGUCCGACAGAAACUUUAUGCAAAUUGAGAAGAAGAGACGUUUAGUUAAACAGUUGAAGUUUUGGCAGACGAUGUAUUAUUGGCUUGAUAUAUCUGGCUCUUGGGAAUACGUUUUCGCGCCAUUAGUUUCGACAAUCAUAAGGAUUUUUAUAUUAAAACAGAAUUUUACAUUUGCACUACCAGUUGGUUGUGUCUAUCCAUUCGAUCCAACUUCUGAUUGGUUUAAAUAUUUGGCAACAUAUGCAUUCCAAGCGAUAAACGUUCUUCGUUACUCAUGGUUUUAUAUAGGUAUUGAAUAUAUGAUGGUAACUUUAUGCGCUGAUCUAGCUAUAGAAUUUUCAAUAUUACGAGAAGAUUUACUUCGGGUGAAGCCAAACACAAUUAAUCCAGAGUUACAAUUAACAUCGGAAACAGAUUUUGGAGGCUACGAAACAGUUUCUAUUCAAGAUUUUAUACGUCGACAUCAAAAGCUUAUUAGAUUAGCAAAGCAACUUGAUGACAUAUUUAACAAAAUAAUUUUUAUGAAUUUACUCCUCGUUACUGUGACGGUAUGUUUUUUUGGAUUGGCAACUAUGGUGGCCCGUGGUGCAGCAGAAACUAUGAACAAUUUAUUAGUAAUGCUUGCAUUGUUGCUACCAGUUUAUGAAUUUUGUUAUUACGGUGAUUUAUUGAAAGAAGAGAGUUUGGGUAUAGCUGACUCAGCAUAUAUUAACGAAUGGUACAAAAGCGACAUCUAUUAUCAGAAAAUGAUUCUUUAUGUUAUAUCACGAUCACAACGUCCUUGUUGUCUGACGUCAUUAAAAUAUGUACCAGUUACAAUGAAUCUGUUCACAAAGGUACUCAGCACAACUUGGUCAUAUUUUUCCUUGGUUAAAAGUAUUUAUUCGAGAGGCGAAUAA